CUCUCCGCCAUGGUGCUGCCUUCCCCACUCCCAGAUGAGCUGCCGCACCUGCCUCUCCAGGAGCGGUUCCCCGCGGCAUUCAAACUCAUCGCCAGGAGGAGGAAGCUUCUCGUAAGAACUUACACAAAAUGGGUCCAGCUAGCGGAUGCAGCAUUGAGCAAGUACGCCCGGCAGACCGCGGAACAUUACCAGCUUCAUAUCGUCUAUGGCGUCGGUGCCCUGCAGGAUGAGUUCGGCCUGGAUGAAUCCUACCAUGUCAGUUUCAUGGCGUGGCCAAAGGAUCCUCCCUCUUGUUGUGCUACUAGUACAGAAGCUCCGGUGGUGUUUUUUUUUGCUGAAGCGCUUUAUCCGUCUGGCUCUGAAUUCUCUGAAGAGGACAUCACCUUGUGCUGUAUGGUUCAGCCAUCGCCAACCGGAGUUGAUAGUUGCCAGGUAUGUCUGACCGAGAACGUCCAAGUGGAUCACCCUGAUGAUUCUGAGAACUUUGGUGGUGGGCAGUACUGCAACAUUGAUGGAAUCGGUAAAGACCUGGAUUGCCAAAUCACUAGUGAUGUCGACUACAGAUGUUUCGAUCCUGACAGAGACAUUGAUUUCGUGGAGUACUUGGAUCAAGAUUUUACCAGUUACACAUCGGCUUCACCGUGGCAUCGUCGACAUAAAGAUGAUAUCGAUUCAGCUAUCUUGUAUUAUUGCAAGAGAUAUACUAGGUGAUGUGCUAUGGUUCUAAUUCCGUUGUUGUUAAUAGCCUACAUCACCGUUAUUAUUAUGUAUAAUUGUUGUCAACUUAAGAGAAUCUGUUGUAUUAUUGGUGUUUA